GACUACAAGAAUUUGGCAACAAUGGAACCAACAGAGAUAGAGGAAGGGCCAGCCACAGGCCUUGUGGAGAGCUUUGAACGACUUGGUAUUGGGGCAAGAAUUUGCCGCAAGAGAAAAGCCCACGAGACAGAUUUAGAGGAACUUAAAGACUUUAAGCCAAAGAGAGCCAUUGAGCUUCUAGAAGAAAAAGGUUCUUCAGAGGCUAAAAGUGAGAUUUCAGAUGAUACUGUUAUGGUUGACUUACAGAAAGUUCGACAAAACAUCAGAGAAAUCCAAGCAUCAAGGAAAUCUACCGGAAUCCAAGAAGACUGUGAAAUGGAGGAUGAUAAAGAAUCGACCGAGAAGGAGAAGUACAAGAGGAAGCUAUUUCAGAAAUAUCAAAGGCAAUUCAGUGAGUAUAAAAACCAACUGAAACCAUAUAAUAGUCAAUACGAGUAUACUGAAUGCGAUGGAUACAUUCAAAAGUAACCACCAGUAUCAAGAGAUAUCACACGAAUAUGUGCGAUCUUUGCUAUUCAGACUCAUCUAGGGGCAUCCUGGGGUUCUCUCAUAAUUU